AUGAUGAUUCUAGUUAUAGUGUUGCUAUGUUGCUAUGGGGUAGCUAAUGUGAACUCACAAAGGGUUCCUCCUGCUUUGUUUGUUUUUGGAGAUUCACUUGUUGAUGUUGGUAACAACAAUCACCUAAAUACAUGGGCAAAAUCAAAUUUCUAUCCAUAUGGUAUUGAUUACAAUGGGGGUUAUACAGGCAGAUUUUCUAAUGGAAAAUCCGUCAUUGAUUUCAUUGGAGAUAUGUUGGGUGUUCCUUCUCCUCCACCAUUUUUAGACUCUUCUACUAGUGGACAGAACAUGCUUAAUGGAGUCAAUUAUGCAUCUGGUUCUGGUGGUAUUCUUGAUGAUUCAGGGAGACACUUUGGUGAUAGGCAUAGCAUGAGCAAACAAAUCCAGAACUUUGAGAGCACAUUGAAUCAAUACAGGACAAUGAUGAAUGCAACUACAUUGAAUCAAUUCUUAGCCAAGUCUAUAGUAAUUGUGGUGAUUGGAAACAAUGACUACAUCAGCAACUACCUCCUACCUGGAUUUUAUGGCACUAGCAGAAAUUAUACUGCCCCUCAAUUUGCAAAUCUUCUUCUCAAUACAUUUGGAAGACAACUUCUGGCACUACAUAGUUUAGGAUUAAGGAGGUUCUUCUUGGGAGGAAUUGGACCACUUGGUUGCAUUCCUAAUCAAAGAGCAAGGGGUAUAGCCCCAUUUGGAAGAUGUGUUGAUUCGGUAAAUCAGAUGGUUGUAACUUACAAUGGAGGACUCAGAUCAUUGGUGGAGCAGCUUAAUAGAGAACAUUCUGAUUCCAUGUUUGUAUAUGGAAACACUUAUAAUGUCUUUGGUGAUAUUCUUAAUAAUCCUAAUGCCUUUGCAUUUACUGUUGUUGAUAGAGCUUGUUGUGGAAUUGGAUUGAACAGAGGACAAAUAUCAUGUCUCCCAUUGCAAUUGCCAUGUUUAAACAGAGAUCAACAUGUAUUUUGGGAUGCUUUCCACCCAACACAAUCUGCAAUUUAUGUAUUUGCUUGGAGAGCUGUUAAUGGUCCACAAAGUGAUUGUUAUCCUAUUAAUAUUAAACAAAUGGCUCUCAUGUAA